AUGGAUGAGCAAUUAACAACACUGAAGAUGAAAAAAAUUGUUACAACAACUGUAGCAUAUAACGAAGAUAAAAUAAAACCUUUUCUAAACAAAGUGUCAUCGAAAAAUGGCAGUGUUACUUCUGCUCGUACUGAAAAGCAAUAUUCAAUGUGGAAUAAUUUUGGUACUAUUGAAGUGAUUUUGUGCGUUAUUCUCGGUAUUUUGGUCACUGUUAUCAUUGCAUUUAUUGCUGUUGUGCUCUAUCGAAGUAGAAAACAUCGUAAAUCACGUGAAUAUGAAAAUGCGCUCUGUCUUAUGAAUGAACUAUAUUACUGUGCUCCAGAGCCUGCAGUAACCUCCAGUCAUAAACAAAAUGAUAGGUGGGAAAUUGAAAAAAGUCUCGUUAUCAUCAAUUUUGGUGCAAAAUUGGGUUCUGGUGCAUUUUGUGACGUCUACAAAGGAAAAAUUGUCGGCAAAGCUCCAGUUUGCAGAAUUAGUUCAUCGUUGGCAGCUACAAGAUUGUUUUGCGACUGUGAAUGUGCAGUUAAAAUAUUACCUGAAUUUACUGAUGACAUCGGCCGAUCUGAUUUUAUGCAGGAAAUAAACUUUAUGAAAACGCUUCAUUAUCAUACACAUUUGGUAAGCAUGCUGGGUUGGGUUAAUGAUGACAAAACCCCGAUGUUACUGGUCGAAUACUGUAAACACGGUGACUUGCUUCAUCUUUUACGUCAGAAGAAAGAACAAAUUGUACAGGGUUAUGAAAAUGAAUAUGAUUUAAAAAUCAAGAACCUUGUAUCAUUUGGGUGGCAAAUCAGCAGUGGUUUGGAAUAUCUAAGCAGUAUCGGAUGUAUCCACCGUGAUAUUGCUGCGCGUAAUAUUCUCGUGGAUAGUGGCUACGUUGCUAAAGUUAGUGAUUUUGGUUUGUGCCGUUUAAGUGACAGUUUGUUGUACACUGGAAAAAGGGGACGGCUACCGCUCAGAUGGAUGGCACCCGAAUCUUUAAAAUCCUAUGAGUACUCCCAUAAAUCUGAUGUAUGGUCAUUUGGAGUUUUGCUUUAUGAAAUAUUCUCAUUUGGCGAAGUUCCAUACUCAUCCAUUCAGUCGGAGGACCUUAUUGACUACCUACAUUCUGGCAAACGUCUUGAUAAACCAGAUUUUUGUUCAGAGGAAAUAUACAAAUUGAUGCUCGAUUGUUGGGAUGAACAACCGACUCGGAGACCAUCGUUUGCAAAUAUUUGUUCUUUGAUUGCUGCCAUUCUAGAAUCUGCUACUGCAAAUUAUGGAUACGUUGUUGCUGUCAAGAAGGAUUAUCUUUUACCUGAUAAUUCAGUGACAGUUUUACUUUGA